GACACAUUUCGACGUUACACAAAUACACGUCCUCGCGCUUGCCGAUGUUAGCGGGUGAAGGCUAAAUAGGUUUCAGAGGGUACAGCUGGUUUGAUGCCCGCAGCGCCACAAUGGAGCUCUCUGACUCAGUCACACAUAAGAACGGGCGGCAGAGGAGGCCCGCUGUCCCGCAGGGGGACAUGAGGGACGGGGACAGGGUUCUCAACACCACCCCUGACAUGGACAUGGAGGUGGAGGGGGAGGCGCUGCACCAAGGAUACGACGCGGAGGACAACGGACAUCCCAGGGUGCGGCCUGGGAUCAGAGGGGAGCUGGGGAACGUAUCUUUGCUGCUCUUCCUGUAUGUCCUCCAGGGCAUCCCUCUGGGCCUGGCCGGGAGCAUCCCUCUCAUCCUGCAGGGUAAAAACGUCAGCUACAAGGACCAGGCCUUCUUCAGCUUUGUCUUCUGGCCCUUCAGUCUCAAGCUGCUGUGGGCCCCUCUGGUGGACGCGCUCUACCUGACCCGGUUUGGACGCAGGAAGUCGUGGCUGGUGCCCACCCAGUACCUGCUGGGCCUCUUUAUGCUGUACCUGUCGGUUACCGUGGAUACGCUGCUGAAAAGUGACGAGGGGCGGGGCCCCGACGUGGUGACCCUGACGGCUGUGUUCUUCAUGCUGGCCUUUCUGGCAGCCACCCAGGACAUAGCAGUGGAUGGCUGGGCUCUGACCAUGCUGUCUAGGGAGAAUGUGGGCUACGCCUCCACCUGUAACUCUGUGGGACAGACUGCUGGCUACUUCCUAGGCAACGUGCUCUUCCUGGCACUGGAGUCAGCUGACUUCUGCAACAAAUACCUGAGAGCAGAGCCUAAAGAGACUGGCAUCGUUACACUGUCAGAAUUCCUGUUUUUCUGGGGCGUGGUGUUCCUGGUGUCGACCACGCUGGUGGCCGUUCUGAAGAAGGAGAACGCCAGGGGACAGCACGGGAGGAAGAAGGUCCGGGAGGAGACGCAGAGCGUCAUGGAAACAUACAAACUGCUGAUUUCCAUCAUCAAGAUGCCUGCCGUGUUCACCUUCUGUAGCCUGCUGCUCACUGCUAAGAUAGGUUUCUCUGCGGCGGACGCAGUGACCGGUCUGAAGCUGGUAGAGGCAGGUGUUCCUAAAGAGCAGCUGGCGUUACUGGCCGUUCCCAUGGUUCCCCUGCAGAUACUACUACCACUCAUCAUCAGUAAAUACACCGCGGGACCACGACCACUAGACGUCUUCUACAAGGCCUUUCCCUUCAGGUUGUUGAUAGGUCUGGGGUAUGCUGUGUUGGUGUGGUGGACUCCCAGUUUAAAGCAGGAAGGGGGAUUCCCUCUCUACUACUACACUAUAGUACUGUUCAGCUACACACUGCAUCAGGUAACACUGUCCACACUAUCCCAUCUCUGUUGUCUCUACUACUACACUAUAGUACUGUUCAGCUACGCACUGCAUCAGGUAACACUGUCCACACUAUCCCAUCUCUGUUGUCUCUACUACUACACUAUAGUACUGUUCAGCUACACACUGCAUCAGGUAACACUGUCCACACUAUCCCAUCUCUGUUGUCUCUACUACUACACUAUAGUACUGUUCAGCUACACACUGCAUCAGGUAACACUGUCCACACUAUCCCAUCUCUGUUGUCUCUACUACUACACUAUAGUACUGUUCAGCUACACACUGCAUCAGGUAACACUGUCCACACUAUCCCAUCUCUGUUGUCUCUACUACUACACUAUAGUACUGUUCAGCUACACACUGCAUCAGGUAACACUGUCCACACUAUCCCAUCUCUGUUGUCUCUACUACUACACUAUAGUACUGUUCAGCUACACACUGCAUCAGGUAACACUGUCCACACUAUCCCAUCUCUGUUGUCUCUACUACUACACUAUAGUACUGUUCAGCUACACACUGCAUCAGGUAACACUGUCCACACUAUCCCAUCUCUGUUGUCUCUACUACUACACUAUAGUACUGUUCAGCUACACACUGCAUCAGGUAACACUGUCCACACUAUCCCAUCUCUGUUGUCUCUACUACUACACUAUAGUACUGUUCAGCUACACACUGCAUCAGGUAACACUGUCCACACUAUCCCAUCUCUGUUGUCUCUACUACUACACUAUAGUACUGUUCAGCUACACACUGCAUCAGGUAACACUGUCCACACUAUCCCAUCUCUGUUGUCUCUACUACUACACUAUAGUACUGUUCAGCUACACACUGCAUCAGGUAACACUGUCCACACUAUCCCAUCUCUGUUGUCUCUACUACUACACUAUAGUACUGUUCAGCUACACACUGCAUCAGGUAACACUGUCCACACUAUCUCAUCUCUGUUGUCUCUACUACUACACUAUAGUACUGUUCAGCUACACACUGCAUCAGGUAACACUGUCCACACUAUCCCAUCUCUGUUGUCUCUACUACUACACUAUAGUACUGUUCAGCUACACACUGCAUCAGGUAACACUGUCCACACUAUCUCAUCUCUGUUGUCUCUACUACUACACUAUAGUACUGUUCAGCUACACACUGCAUCAGGUAACACUGUCCACACUAUCCCAUCUCUGUUGUCUCUACUACUACACUAUAGUACUGUUCAGCUACACACUGCAUCAGGUAACACUGUCCACACUAUCCCAUCUCUGUUGUCUCUACUACUACACUAUAGUACUGUUCAGCUACACACUGCAUCAGGUAAUACUGUCCACACUAUCCCAUCUCUGUUGUCUCUACUACUACACUAUAGUACUGUUCAGCUACACACUGCAUCAGGUAACACUGUCCACACUAUCUCAUCUCUGUUGUCUCUACUACUACACUAUAGUACUGUUCAGCUACACACUGCAUCAGGUAACACUGUCCACACUAUCCCAUCUCUGUUGUCUCUACUACUACACUAUAGUACUGUUCAGCUACGCACUGCAUCAGGUGGCGCUGUACAGCAUGUAUGUGGCCUGUAUGGCUUUCCAUGCUAAAGUGAGUGACCCAGUGAUCGGUGGGACCUACAUGACCCUGCUGAACACAGUCACCAACCUAGGGGGCAAUUGGCCCUCCACCCUGGCACUGUGGAUGGUUGACCCACUCACCUCGAAGGAGUGCCAGGGAGCCGUCGGACAGAGCUGUGGCUCCUCAGAGGAGGCAGGGCUGUGUGUAAAGGAGGGCGGUGUGUGUGUGACGUCGUUGGACGGUUACUAUGUGGAGUCGGUGGUGUGUGUGUUGAUAGGUCUAACAUGGUGGGUGUGGCUAGGGAAGAGGAUGAGAAGGCUACAGGACCAGAGCCCUGCAGCGUGGAGGUGCAGGAUCGGCCAAUGACAACGUUCACCCAGCUCCUUGACCCGCACAACCACUUUCCUGACCCCAGCAAGGCCAAUCGCCAGACAGCUACAGUCUGAUAUAAACGCUUCCUCUCUUAUCUUUUCUUCUCGCUCACUUUCAGUUGGUCUGUGUUGGUCUUUCUCUGUCCCUCCAUGUCCCCCUCUGUCCUCCUCUGAGCCUCUCUGUCCCUCCAUGUCCCCGUCUGUCCCUCCAUGUCCCCCUCUGUCCCCCUCUCACCCUUCUCUGAUGACUUAUCAGUCUCCGUUCUUCCCACCCUUCUCUUUCUCUGCUCGGUGUGUGUAUAUUGUCCUUCAGCACUUCUUAGUUUGAAAUAACUGUGGCUGUGGUCUGGCUACCACAAGACUAUGGACCACAACAGUCAAUAACAACAGUCAAUUCCUCCUUGCAACAUCACAUCUUCACCAGGACUUCUGUCGCUUCAACUACUUCAUGUCCCAUUGGAAACAAAAAAAGAAGGAACUAUUCUUGCUAGGGAAUAUUUACAGUAGACAUUUACUCCUGAUCUUUCUUCUCGUUCCACAUUCUCAGUAUCUUCUCGUUCCACAUUCUCAGUAUCUUCAACUAUUUCGUUAGACUUGUCACUUGUAUUAUUUGUGCCUUUGCUAGGUUCUUCAGACUGUCAUUAUAAUGUUGUCUGAUAUUUGAAAAGACUUUCAUCAAUGGACAUAAAAAGCAAACCACAUUGAAUGUUGAGAUGUAGAUGUACCAAGGCCUGCUUGAUAAACAGGUCAAAUGUGUCUGUAACAUGGAGUCAGAAAUCCCAUCUGGAUUCUUGAUGGUAAUCCAUAGCCCCUUUGACAGAAAUGUUUAAAUUAUAACAUUACUGUUUUAAUAUAUGUCUGUGAUUUUGGGGAUUACAACAGUAUUUUCUCUAAACCAGCACUGAGAGGUCAGAGAUUGUGUGAAAGGGAGAAGGCAGUAACCAGUCAGGUCUGGAUCUGGGAUCACGUAUAAUGGUUCUGUUUGGAUUGUGUGAUAGAAAUGAUCAUUUUUUCUGUGUAUUUGUUGAAAUGAACGAGUUAUUUUUUAAAUUUGUUUUUUGGGGUCUCUGCUUGUAUUCCACAUCAGGUUGCACAAAAAAACAUUUACAUUGAUCAGGUUUCCACAUAUGGAUCAUUCAGCUUCUCUGUUUCUCCCUUCAUUUCUGUCCCUAACCAUAGGUCCAAAUUCAGAUGCGGCUCAGUUUCUAAAUGUGAAAGUCAGGGUUGGGGUAUAAUGAGAUGAUCCUAAAUCAGGUGUUUCUCCUUUGUGGGGGACAACAACAAAAAAAGUGCACACUGAGUUUCCUCACCGAUGUAAAGCCUUCAACCUGUAAGUGAGUUUCCACACCGAUGUAAAGCCUUCAACCUGUAAGUGAGUUUCCACACCGAUGUAAAGCCUUCAACCUGUAAGUGAGUUUCCACACCGAUGUAAAGCCUUCAUACUGUGAGACUUUUGUUAUCCUUGAACAUAUCGUUUUUUUUAACUUUCUGUUUCUUUUACAACUUGUGAUAGUGAUGCUGCUGUAUGUACAUGGUCUUAUGUCUAUACGUGCCAGUUCUUUUACAGUUCUUUUAAUGUGACCUGUACAACUCUACCGGCAUUCACUUACAUAGGGAUAUGUAUGUAUACAGUCAGGUCCAUAAAUAUAAAACGUGCUGUAAUUCCUACACUGUUCACCUGAUUUGGAUGUAAAUACCCUCAAAUUACAGCUAAAAGUCUGCAUUUUCAGCUCAUAUUCAUUAUUUAAUUUAAACCCCAAUAUGCUGUGGUAGACAGCUGAAAUAUUAAUAACUUGGUUAAUGUUCAAAUAUUUAUGGACCUUGACUGCAGCUAUGAUUUGUUUGAUUUACCAAAUAUUUAAAUUAAAUUAAUGUAAACUUU